AGAGGCCUAGCAAACUUACAGAGAGUAAUACACAAAAAAAAUGUGAAGGUCUAGAAAUUUACAGAACUCUGUUUUGCUUGUUUUGAUCCAAAUGCACAUUAAAUUAUUUUUUUAUUCCAGAUCUGAAAAUAUCCAGAUAUAUCAAUAAUUGUCUUUGAAAGAAUUAGCAGGCUAUGGCAGAAUUUGAAAAAAUAGUGCAACAUAAUAUGGAAAAGAAUUCUGAAAUUGGAUUUGAAAUAGACACUUGCAGUGAUUUUUCCAGCACUGAAGAAAGUAAAGGCAGACCUAAUGAAACAUGCGUAAUUUCAGUUACAACAGAAUAUUCUGUUAUUGAAAAUUGUCAUCUAAAUUUGUUUCCUGUUAAUAUUAUCCAUGAGGAGAAAAAUAUGAAUGAAUGCAAUGAAGUUGAAAAACAAUUUGAAAUGUCUGGCAGUUCAGAGAAAAACAUACAAACGUGUAAAGAGGUAAAAUAUAAAUGUGAACAUUGUGGAGAUUAUUUUAAUUUAAUUAAUUUGAAAGCACACAUGGGAAUUAAAACAGAAGAUGCACCGUUACAAUUUGAACAAUGUGGAAUACAGCCAUUACAUGAAUGUGAACAUUGUGAAAAGAAAUUUAAAGACAGUAUUAGUUUAAAAUCACACAUGAUGAUGCACAAGCGAGACGCACCAUACAAGUGUGGAAAUAAAUUUAAAAAUGGUUAAACUUCGAAAACACUUAUGAGGAUACAUAAAAGAUCACAUGAAUGUGAACAUUGUGGAAAAAAGUUUAGUAGAAAUGACACUUUGAAAACACAUUUAAGGAUACAUACAGGACAAACACCAUAUGAAUGUGAACUUUGUGGGAAGAAGUUUAAUCAUUUGGGUCAUCUGAACAGACAUUUAAGGAUACAUGCAGAAGAGACAUCACAUGAAAACAUUCUGGG